AUGAUGAAUCAGAUAGUGAAAGUGAAGGAUCACAAAUUAGUAGUAACAAGAAGAAUUAUGAAUAUAAUGAUGAACCAAUGAUUAGUAAUAACGAAGGGCAGGGUGUAUUUGAUUUUGAUCCAACAGAUUUAGUAACAGAUUUGGUAAAUGUAUGGGAGAAUAGUGAUACUAAAAAUAUCGAAGAUAUGUUAAAUAUGGAAAUGUGUAUGGAUGAUAAUUUGGAUGAUAUUUUAGAUGAAGAUGGUAAAAGAGAUAUAGAUUCUGAUCUGGAAGCAAAUAGUGAAAAUUUGCCUAUUGCACUUAGAAAGACACAUCGUGAAUUUUGUAGAA